CGGGAGCCGCCAACGAGGUGCGCGGCCAUCGGCGGAGCCGGCGGGAUGCGGUGGGGCAGCGAGGCCCGGGAUCUUGGCCGCCUUCACUCCCCCCUGCUGGCUUCCCUCCUCUUCCUCCAGGGUGUUUCCACGGUCCUUCCCCUGGAGAUUAAAGCGGAUACCCAAGUACGUGGUUACGUUGGAGAAAGGGUCAAGUUAAAAUGCACCUUCAAAUCGUCCUCCGCCGUGACCGACAAGCUCACCAUCGAUUGGACGUACCGGCCCCCCAGCAGCAGCCGCACAGAAACGAUUUUUCACUAUCAGUCCUUCCAGUACCCGACCACGGCCGGCACCUUCCGAGACCGGAUCUCCUGGGUCGGGGACGUGUACCGGGGCGACGCGUCCAUCAGCAUAAGCCACCCCACCAUGAAGGACAACGGGACGUUCAGCUGCACGGUGAAGAAUCCCCCAGAUGUGCACCAUAACGUCCCCAUGACCGAGCUGGUCAUCACUGAAAGAGGUUUUGUCACCAAGCUCUCAUCCACCGCUCUGCUGUCCAUCAUGGUCUUCAUUCCUUCUGCCAUCGUGGUCACUCUACUCUUGGUGAGGAUGGGCCGAAAGUCGGCGGGGCUGAAAAAGAGGAGCAAGUCUGGCUAUAAGAAGUCUUCCAUCGAAGUUUCGGAUGACACCGACCAGGAGGAGGAGGAGGACUGCGUGGGAAAGCUUUGUAUCCGGUGUGCGGAAUGCUUGGAUUCUGACAGUGAUGAGGCGUAUUGACAAAGCGUCAGUGUUUACGGCGGUGCGAUGCUAAAGCCUUUGUCUGCUCAGCGCAAAACGUCUCUUCCCUUUGGCUGCCGAGGCCACACCAAAAGUGAAGCCAGCUUGAUUGACUGGAAUCUAGAGUUCGGUUCUCAAGACUGUUUAAUAACCUUUUAUUUAUUGAAGAAAUGUUCCUUCUGUAUUUAUGAAAAUGCUUCGGAGACACUCGGAGGCUCCAACUCCCAGAUGACGUAAAGUUUAUUUCAAUAUUUUCAAUCUGAUUUAAGGCAUUUCUUUCUCUUCCUAGAGAGAACCUUGGGGGUCUCCCCCAAUUUUAUGUCUUCCAGUUAGUGGAGGGGAAUCUGAAUUGUUGGGUGGUCUGAGGACCCCCAGAGAUGCACUUUUCCUCUCCCACCCUCUUCACCCCACUCCCCCCCAGACCAGAAUCUGCAACUCCUUGGACCUGGGGUGUCCAGGGCCAUCCCAGGAAAGUAUAUGUUGGGGUGACUCCUUUGGUCCAGUUCACCUCUCUGACCACCAUCUGCUUCCAUCCUUCUCCACGCUACACUUGCAGGCUAAAUUGGGAUUCCUUGGUGGUCCGAGCCCAAACUCCCACGGUCUGCAACGAUCAAGAAAUCAUUGUCCAUUUGCUAGAGGGGAUUUUCAUUGUCUAAUGAUGCAUUACUCUAAGGGGAAGUGGUGGGGAGGGGAGAAUCCCUUUUCCUCUUGAGCUUGGCUUUGAGAAUGGCCCGAUUUGGAAAGGGAGAGUUAUCCGGUAGUUGGGAGGAUGGGACAGAUCUGUCCAAACUCCUUGCAGAAUCAGCUUCGGUCUGGUUACCUCUCCACCUUUCCGUAGCUUCUUAAUCAUAAUUGUGAGAUUUCUUAAGC